UGUAGUAGUGCCUUUGGACGCCAUUUGCCUUGUUAUUUUGUUGACUUUCUCCCUGUUUAUUUUUGUGCCUUUCUCGUCCUCGCGACGCCCCCACGAGUGCUGCAGAUCCCCCGCGAGUUGUCCCCAGUGCACACGGAGUGGCCACAAUUCGAGCGGGAAGGCGCUGGAGCGCACGAUGACUCACCUGUCCCACCUGCCUGACUCGCCCCUGUGAUGCAGCGAGUGGCAUUGGCGAUUGUGGGCUUCCUGGUGCCCUUCGCGGCCGCCUGGGACUAUGCCCCCAAUGCGCACCUUCGACUGCCGUCGCACCACUUCGCCAGCAACACCACGGAGGACCACCUGAGACUGCUGGGCGGCGGGGGCUCCGUGUUGCUGGGCGGUCGCAACGUCAUCUACAAUGUCACCGUGGCAAAGGACGGGCAGCUCACGGUGGCGGGGAGCGUCUCGUGGGCCUCCACGGACGCCCACAGGGAGCUGUGCACGCUGAAAGGGAAGCAGGAGGACGAUUGCCAGAACUACAUUCGCAUCUACGCACAGGUGUCACCCCAGCAGGCCAUGAUCUGUGGCACCAACUCGUACAAACCGUUGUGCAGAUACUACUCAACUCCACUGGACGGUGAAGGAGAUGGUGUGAGCGAGGAAGCGCAGGGACGCUGUCCUUACAGUCCCACACACAGUUCGACGUACGCCUUCACGGAUGGCCAGCUGUUUUCCGGCACUGUGGCGGAUUUCUCGGGCAGCGAUCCGCUGAUCUACCGGGAGCACCAACGCACUGAGCAGUACGACUUGAAGCAGCUCAACCAGCCGGCCUUCGUGAGCGCCACCGCAUAUGAUGCCUACGUCUUCUUCGUGUUCCGCGAGACCGCAAUGGAGCACAUGAACUGCGGCAAGGCGGUCUUUUCGCGCAUUGGACGUGUCUGUCGAGGAGAUCGCGGAGGACCCGGUGGCUUUUUGGACCGCUGGACGUCCUUCCUGAAAGCGCGACUCAAUUGCUCCCUGCCCGGAGAUUAUCCCUUCUACUUUGACCACGUCGUGGCCACGACGGACGUGGUGAAGAUCAACGAGGAGGACGUAAUGUAUGGAGUCUUUACGACACCACCGAAUGCCAUCGAGGGUAGCGCUGUGUGCUCCUUCCGCAUGUCAGACAUUCUGGAGGCUUUUGAGGGGCCGUUCAAGGCGCAGAAGGACUCCAGGUCCAAUUGGCUUCCUGUUCCCGCAGGCGUCACACCCAUCGAUCCCAGACCGGGAACGUGUGUCGAUGACUCACGCACUCUGCCGAGUGCUACGGUGAAUUUCGUGAAAACCCACCCACUGAUGGACCGCGCGGUUCCAUCGCAGAAGGGCCGACCUGUCCUGGUGACCACUGGGGCGAAAAUGCUGCUCACUUCAGUGACAACGGUGGAGACUCUUGGUGUGGAUGGACUGAGCUACAAUAUGCUGUAUGCGGGCACGGCGCACGGGCGCCUCGUGAAGUUCUACACCACGCCCGAAGGCGCCACUGUGGUGGUGUGGGAGGCGCAGGUUCUGCCGCCGGGCAAGCGAGUCGUGCAGCUGCGCGCCGUUGAGCAUCACCUCGUGGUCGUGAGUGAAAACGCAGUGGUGAGCGUGCCACAGGCCCACUGCGGCAAUUGGACGUCGUGCUCGUCGUGCGUGGAGGCGCGUGACCCGCACUGUGGGUGGCACGAGGAAACGCGAUCCUGUCGCAGUCACGGACGACUGGUCCACGCUCUGGGCACACUGCAUGCGGUGUGUCCCGAGGAGAACUGGGUGGAGGAGCGCGUUGUGACGCGUGGGACCGUGUCGUCCGUGGGCAGGGAUCCGCAGUCGGGCUUCCUGGCCACGGAGAGGAACACGACGUGUCCCGAGGUGACGCUCGCGGCGUCGUACAGCGCCCACACGAUGGCUGUCGCUCUGGUGGCCGUGGCUGCGGUGGCACUCGCCGUAGGUGGACUCGUGGGCGUGGUUGUGGGACACAAGUGUCGCCACGAGUGCCCCCUUGUGGGCGCCGGAACGCCGCUGGAGCACCGCAAUCAGCUCACGUGGUCCAAGUCGCGCCACAUGGCGCACAGCAAGGAUAUCAAUCUGCUGAUGAACACUCAACACAUGUACGCCACGCCCGAAACGCCUCAGCCGCCGAGGAAGCUGGACAACCUGGAUUUGGUGGAUCUGGACAAGGACAGGCGGCACGAGAGCAAGAACAGCACCGAGAGCCUCGAGAAGGACCCGCAUCUCUUCAAGACGGACACGCUGAAGAAGGUGAAGAAGACCUACAUUUGACGCAUUUCACACUUCCAUUGCAUCUUCCCGAAUUCGACUCAAUUCUUGGUGAUAUUUUGGACGCGUCCUCAAGUGGCCUUAGCAAUAAGUAUUUCCCACGCAGUGACAAUCGAUGCCUUCUACUCGUAAAAUAAGUAUUCUCAAAUUUUUUUUUGUAAUUGUAAAACUGUAUUUUAGGAUAUAUAAAUAAAGAACUUUUUCUGAUC